GCCCCCCCUCUCCCCGAGACCGAAACGCCAAGAGGAGCCCGAACAAACAAGCCAGAGCUCCACUCCCCCCACGGCUCGAAACGCACACCGCGCGCGCAAGCCCACACACCACACCCUCCGACCCUCGCCUCGUCGCGCGCGCGACCCCGGGCCGGCCGAGGAACGGAGCAGCGCGCCGCUGCACCGCACUGCAGCAGCAAGGUGACAGGAGAGCGCAGCACGGUGCACGACGACGCCACCGGAGCGCGCGCACGUACGUACGGGCACGUGGUGGUACUUGAUACCUACCCCGCGACAACUUGGAGCUCGAUAGAGCAGGCAGGCAGGCGCGUUCGUGGGAUGGGGAGCGCGGCGGGGGAGGAGGACAGGGAGGCCCGGAGCGAGGCGGCGUUCACCGACUCCGCCUCCGCCGACGGGAGCAGCUCCAGCUCCGACGCCGCGUCCACCGACGAGUGGCCGCCCGCGGCGGCGGCGCCGGCCAGGAAGUCGGGCGACUGCGCCUCCGACACCGACGUGGCCAGGCAGCAGCACAAGCACAAGCGCAGAGCACCAUCAGAGAUGGAGAUGAUGAAGGAGCGGUUCGCGAAGCUGCUGCUCGGCGAGGACAUGUCCGGGAGCGGCAAGGGCGUCUGCACGGCGCUCGCCAUCUCCAACGCGAUCACCAACCUCUGCGCCACCAUCUUCGGGCAGCUCUGGAGGCUGGAGCCGCUCCCGCCGGAGAAGAAGGCCAUGUGGCGGCGGGAGAUGGACUGGCUGCUCUGCGUCAGCGACCACAUCGUCGAGCUGGUCCCCACGUGGCAGUCAUUCCCCGACGGAACCAGGCUUGAGAUCAUGACAAGUAGACCACGGUCUGAUUUGUACAUUAAUCUCCCAGCGCUUCGGAAGCUGGAUCAUAUGCUCCUUGAAAUCCUGGAAAGCUUCAGAGACCCAGAGUUCUGGUAUGUUGAGCAAGGUAUUGCUGCACCAGAUUGCGACGGCUCUGCGUCCUUUAGGACGGCUUUUCACCGUCGUGAUGAGAAAUGGUGGCUCCCAGUGCCUCGCGUGCCUCCUGGUGGCCUUCACAACAAAACAAGGAAGCAGCUCCAGCACAAACGUGAUUGUGCAAACCAAAUCCUGAAGGCUGCCAUGGCCAUCAACAGCAAUGCCUUAGCAGAGAUGGAGGUCCCUGAAUCUUAUCUUGACUCCCUACCAAAGAAUGGAAGGGCAACCUUAGGUGAUAUCAUAUACCGCUACAUAACGUCUGAUCAGUUCUCCCCUGAGUGCCUUCUUGAUUGCCUGGACCUAUCCACGGAGUACCAGGCCCUGGAAAUCGCAAACCGUGUCGAGGCGUCAGUCUAUGUGUGGCGCAGGAGGGUUGCUGCCAAACCAGUAAAUGGCCUGGGCCGAAGCAGUAGUGCUAGAUCAUCGUGGGGCAUGGUAAAGGACAUGAUGGUAGACUCAGAGAAGAGAGAGCUGCUAGCUGAACGAGCAGAGGGCCUGCUAAUAUGCUUGAAGCAAAGGUUUCCUGGGUUGACACAGACAAGCCUAGACAUGAGCAAAAUUCAGCACAACAAGGAUGUGGGCAAAUCAAUCCUGGAGAGCUAUUCGAGGGUGCUAGAAAGUUUGGCUUCAAACAUCGUGACCCGCAUCGACGAUCUGCUGAACAUCGAUGAGCUGAACAGACAUGCUGAACAUUUCACAGCAACAGGUGAUGCAGACUGCAAGAUUGCUUGCAGCCAGACUGCUGUUCCAUCCUUCCCAGUGCCAGCCUCUGGCACACCAUUCAUGACGGCGUAUACCACACCGAGCUUCUCGCCAGCGCAAUUGGCAAGCCCAUCAAAGAAAGAGAGGACGUCGCUGACUCCAGGCAGACGGUCUCAGCAUACUAGGGGUGCUGGCACAAAGAAAGGCUUGAUGGAUCAUGUCGGUACAGAAAUCAAGGGGAUGAUAAUCAGCAGCGGAAUGAUGAUCGAUGUCUCUACUACUACAGAGCUGUAACUGUAAGCUGAUAGCUCAUCAGAUCGCCAAGAUAGUCUUUGUGUAUAUGUGUCUGUGUCUGUCUGUCUCUGUGUGAGUGUCCAAAUUUUUACUGGCGUGUUGCAUUUCUGAUUUGUGUGCCUACGAUUUUACUAGCGUGCUGCACUGCUGUUUGCUGACAGCCUGAUGCCCUGAUGAUCUGGUCUACAGUACUAUUAGCAUAGACGGGUGUUGUUAGUUGUUACAUAAACUGUACGGGGAGUUUCAGUCUGAUCUGAAAUUGUUGAAUUUCUAUGGUUGAAAUUAACAAAGAUUGGGGACAUUGGAUGUGAAAGCCAA